CCCCGCCGGCUUAUAAGAGCAGCAGCCGCAGCCCACUCACCCAUUCCGUCGGAGGAGACCCUACAGCACCCGACGGACUCCCCGACAGGACCGGACCCGCUGGCGACAUGGCCCCGACUCACACCCUGAUGGUGAAGCUGCUGAGUGGGGAAUCCCACUCGGUGCCGGCCAGAGAGUCCAUGUCGGUCUCUGACUUCAAGAAGGAAAUCGCCCUGCGGACGGGCAUCCCUCCCAGCCAGCAGAAGCUGGGCUCCCAGAACGGGACCUUCGUGGAGCUGAGGGACGGCACCCAGCUCUCCGACUACGCCCUGGCCCCCGGGGACACCGUCCUGCUGAUGGUCAAGGCCGAGGAGCCCAUGGAGGUCUUCGUGAGGAGCAACGGCCGCUCCAAACUCUACACGGUGCGGCCCAGCGACAACGUGACGGAGCUGAAGGCGCAGGUGCAGCAGCGGGAGGGGGUCCGGCAGGAGCAGUUCUGGCUCUCCUAUCAAGAGGCCAACCUGCAAGACGGACACUCGCUGGCCGAGUAUCUCCUCGUCCCCCACUGCACCAUCGACCUCAACCUGCGCGUCAGAGGGGGUGGCAGGGCGGGAGGAACAUAGCCCCCCGCACAGCGUUCCGGCCCAGAGGCCCCAGCCCGCCGCUCUCCUACCCCCCUUUCUCCGGAUCUCUCCUUCCUCGUCUGUCUGCCUUCCCUCCCGCCCCUUUACACUGUAAACCUGCUUUGGAGGAGGGAUCCUGUGAGCGUCUCUAUAUGCCUCCCCAAUGCUUAGCAUAAUACUUUGACACAAGCCCAUAAUAAAUGCUUUUUUUCGA